AUGCAUGAAAGAGGCAUAAUUCAGAAUACACCAUUUAUUCAACAUCAGAGAAUCCAUAAUGGAGAGAACCGUGAAUGUAGUGAAUGUAGAAAAACUUUUAGUAAUUAUUCAGCCCUUACUGUACAUCACAGAAUUCAUACUGUAGAGAAACCAUAUGAAUGCAAUGACUGUGGGAAAGCCUUUAAUCUCAGCUCAUCUCUUUCUCAAUGCCAGAGAAUACAUACUGGAGAAAAACCCCAUGAAUGUAAUGGAUGCAGGAAGGCUUUUAUUCAGAUAACACACUUUAUUCAACAUCAGCGAAUUCACACUGGAGAGAAACCUUAUGAAUGUAAUGAAUGUGGGAAAGCCUUCACAAGUACAUCCCAUAUUGAACAUCAGUUUGUUCACACUGGAGAGAAGCCCUAUGAAUGUAAUGAAUAUGGGAAAACCUUCAGUCACAAUGCAUCCCUUAUUGUCCAUCAGUUUGUUCACACUGGAGAGAAACCCUAUGAAUGUAAUUAAUGUAGAAAGGUUUUCAGCCAGAGCUCACACCUCUACCAACAUCAGAGAACUCACACUGGAGAGAAACCGUAUACCUGUAAUGACUGUGAGAAAGCAUUUAGUGAUCGAUCAGCCCUGAUUCGACAUCAGAGAAUUCACACUAGAGAGAAACCCUACAAAUGUAGAGAAUGCGGUAAAGCUUUCAGUCAGAGCUCAACUCUCAUAUAACAUACAAAAAUCCACAAUGGAGAGAAACGUUACACUUGUAAGGGUUGUGGGAAAGCCUUCAGCCAGAGUUCAUCCCUUACUCAACAUCAGAGGGUUCAUACUGGAGAGAAACCAUUUGAAUGUCUUGAAUGUGGAAAAGCCUUCAGUAGAAGUGCCCACCUAACUCAACAUAGGAGAAUUCACACUGGAGAGAAACCUUGUGUAUGUAAUGAAUGUGGCAGAGCUUUCAGGUGUAGUUCAGCCCUCAUUUGGCAUCAGAGACAUCACAGUGCAGAAUCGCUCUGA